UACACAGGAAGAAGCCAACUCGGCUAGUUGUCAAAUUAGCAAAGCUGACUAGCCAGCUAAUGUAUUGGUGGGAGACCAGUGUCCGUGGUUUUCUGAAUAGAGAGCAAAUUUGGGUUUUAUCAUGGUGUUUCCACUGUAGGAAACACUUCAAACGACACCCAAGGAAUUUUCCCCCGCACGUUCCUCUUGUUCGAGCGCAUAAACAAGGUGUGAAUGACCGACGUGGUGUCCCCCACUGCGCUCAGCGAAGUCCAGCUCCGCCUCCUCUGCCACGAUGACAUAGACUGCGUCAAGCUGCUGUGUGGGGAUUGGUUCCCCAUCGAGUACCCAGACUCAUGGUAUAAUGACAUCACAUCCAACAAGAAGUUCUUCUCCCUCGCCGCCAUCUUCAAGGGAGGCAUCGUGGGAAUGAUCGUAGCUGAGAUCAAGGGCCGGACCAAAGUACACAGAGAGGAUGGAGACAUCCUAGCCUCUAGAUUUCCUGUGGACACCCAGGUGGCUUACAUACUGAGUCUGGGGGUGGUGAAGGAGUUCAGGAAACAUGGAAUAGGCUCCUUGCUGCUGGACAGUCUUAAGGAACACAUCUCCACCACGGCGCAGGACCACUGCAAGGCCAUCUACCUCCACGUGCUGACAACCAACACCACGGCUAUACACUUCUACCACAACAGAGACUUCACGCAGCAUCACUACCUACCUUACUACUACUCCAUACGAGGGGUGCUGAAAGACGGCUUCACAUACGUUCUGUACAUCAACGGAGGGCAUCCGCCCUGGACACUCUUUGACUACAUCCAACACAUUGGCUCGGCCCUGGCCAGCCUCAGUCCCUGCUCAAUCCCCCAGAGACUCUACAGACAGGCCCAGUCUCUGCUCCGCAGCCUGAUGCCCUGGUCUGGCAUCGCAUCCAAGACUGGUAUCCAGUACAGCAGGACCAUGUGACCGGACAGGACACUCUGACCUCACCUGACCCACCACCACUCGGAACCCUGGAAAGACUGAGGGCUGAGACCCCCCCCAAACACCAACCAAGACACCCAGCCACUCAACCCAGACCCUACAAACCAAGACGCCCACCAAACCCAGCAAGCUACACACCAAGCGUCUCGUCUCUCCCAAGCUGUCCUAUCCUGUCCUACAGCUCAUACAGAGACGAUGUAUUAUAGCUGUACAUUACAUAUAUCCUCUAAUAUAUAAAUACAUAUAUACUGUAUAUAUACCCUGUCAGUAGCUACCCUGUCCUCCACUCUACCGUCUGAGCCAGUGGUGUAGUGGAGAGUCAGCACAUGUAGACUCCGUUCACCUUUUCUUUACUGUCGUGGGAAAAGCCAUUGAAAUAUAGGGAUUGAGUGUUACCUUAUUCACUGGAAUAGUGUGGACCGGGUUAAGAUUCAGUAGGGUUGGGGUCAACUCUGGUUUCAACUGGACCGGGGUGAGAUUCAGUAGGGUUGGGGUCAACUCUGGUUUCAACUGGACCGGGGUGAGAUUCAGUAGGAUUGGGGUCAACUCUGGUUUCAACUGGACCGGGUUAAGAUUCAGUAGGGUUGGGGUCAACUCUGGUUUCAGUUCAGACAAUUUGAAAUGCUAUUUGUCAAUAAUCAGAAUCCACAUAGAAAGAUAAUUUGUUAUUUCAAUACAAUCAUUGAAAUCCUGAAUCCUGAGUUGAGAUCAGCACUCACAUUUUCACACAAAUCUUACAUUGACAUCAACGUAUGAUCUAGACAGAAGUCUACUUUAAGUGUGCACAGAGACCUCAAGGACUAGAAUUCCUCCCAGACUUUCAGUCCACUUUGGGUCUGAUUCAGACUUGAGAUAAGUAGACUUACAGUAAAUCAUUUUUUUUUUGUUUUUACUGAAGUCCACGUUUAGUCAACUUAUCUCAAGUCUGAAUUGUGCCCUUCCUGACCUAAUGUUGACCUGAAUCCCUGCUGUCUGUCUGUCCCCUUCAGGGCUGUCUGUCAUUCUGCUGCUCAUGUAGACAACCAGACAGGUUUUAAUCCUGAUGUUUAACAUAGCGGACAUUAGAUUUGUGUGUCUGCCUGUUUGUUUUAACAGAUUAAAAAAUAUAACAUGGUAGUAGUUGCUCCCUCUAUGAGAUUCCCCCAAUACCCCAAAUAUAUGUGUGUGUGUAGUGUGUGUCUAGUCAAAUGUAGUGCACUAUAAAGGGAGUAGGGCCCGUAGUAGUGCACUAUAUAGGGAAUAGGGCCCAUAGUAGUGCACUAUAUAGGGAAAAGGGUGCUUUUUGUGACUCAACCGAGGUGUAGUUAAGUUAGACAGUUUAUAGAUAAUGUUUUAAAGAGGAGCAGUGUGUGUAUAGGGUUACAGAAUUCCUCUAACUUUUCCCAACACUCCCAAAGUUUUCCAGAGAUCCUGGUUGGACGAUUCCUGGAACGACGAGCGGAUAAGCAGGAAAUCCGGGAAUCGUCCAACCAGGAUUUGUUAAAUAGCCUGGAACUUUGAGAGAGGUAAGGGAGUUGUGCAACGCUACUAGGUGUCUAGAUAACAUCUUUAAACAGGAGGGUGGAUUGAGGUAAUACUGAAUGUAGUGUUGAUAGCGCCACUUAACUGACCAGUCUGAUUUUAGGAAGAAACUAAUCACUCUGGAGACAGAUCCAGUUAACUGAUUGACCAGUCUGAUUUUAGGACGAAACUAAUCACUCUGGACACAGAUCCAGUUAACUGAUUGACCAGUCUGAUUUUAGGACGAAACUAAUCACUCUGGACACAGAUCCAGUUAACUGAUUGACCAGUCUGAUUUUAGAAGAAACUAAUCACUCUGGACACAGAUCCAGUUAACUGACCAGUCUGAUUUUAGGAAGAAACAACUCACUCUGGAGACAGAUCCUAAAUUGAGAUGUAUUCUCAUUAAUAGCAGCAUUAGAGCCACAUUUUUAUAGUGCAGAAGCAAUGUGCAAAAUGUACUGUAAAACUUGUUAUAAUCGGGAAGUUGGAUUUCAUUUAAAACUUUUCUUCAAUGUGUGUUUAUAAAGAGACGUCUAAGGCAUCGCUCAGUUUGCCUCACUAGAGUUCAGUAAUCGCCUCUUUUAUAACGCGUAUUGUUGAAGAAAAGUUUCAAAUGAAAUCUUACUGCGAGAUUAUAAUGAGGUUUACGGUAAUUUUUCAAUUUUG